AUGGAGCUCCGUUGUAAAGUUAUCGUUUUAUUGACGACAAUAAUAAGCUUUAAAGAAGUCCACGGUGCAGUGAAAAAAUGGACUGGCGAUUGGAUUGUAGAUUGGGAGAAUCCAAACAACUGGCUCGAAGGUCGAGUACCGGAAUCAGAUGAUUUUAUAGUAUUUCCGGCGGAGAUGCGACAUGCUGUUGGGCUUCCAAAUACCAGACACUUUCGAUUUAGCGGAAUUCAAUUUCCAGCUAACGGAUUCGUAGCUCUGCCUGAAAAUGGCCGUCUUAUCAUAAGCUCCAUGAGCUCUGAUCAAAGCAUUGAAUCGCGCUGGCGUUGGGAGAUGACGUUCUUGUGGGUAGAGCCGCGCAUGUGGAACGUAACGAAUGAAGCAGUACCGUAUCUGGAAAGAUUACCUUGCCAAAACGAUAUCGUAGUUCUGCCUAAAAAAUCAGAAGUGUUUAGUGUACGACUACCAGCUUCCAGAAACCUUGAAGUUCAGUCAGUAAGAUUAGCCGAUAAGAAUACAAGUCUUACAAGGUGGGAAUGGAGCGAGAUGAGAGAUCGAACAGAAUUUCUCGAUAGUAGGUUUACCAUCGAAUAUAGUCCGAUUAAUGGGUGCGAAAAUUGUCCUUGCCAGGAAGGCGAUAUAACUCAGUAUUGGGAGGAGAUAUGCGACGUCGUGCGACCCAGAUGUGAAAUUCCAGCUUGCGAAUAUCCUUUGACGGUAGAGGGUCACUGUUGCUAUUACUGCGGAGGUAGAAUCACACUUUCAGCGAAGGCUCUGCUUAGCGCUGCGCGUAAAAUAACAGACAGAGUACUCAGUUCUUUCUCGACGUCGGUCUACUGGCAUACGAGAAUCACAUCUACAGGUCAUAAAGAAAUACUCGUUACAGAGCGAAAUCGAUAUGCAGGCGUCGAUGUCAUCUUGGCUCUUGAUGAGCUCAAAACUGCUCUUAAAGAGCAAUCGAUAGAGAUACUACUUAUUGAAAAUUCGGGCGAUCCACUUGACGAUAAUCGACUGGCGUAUGCUUUGGGUCCAUUCUUGGGUGGAUUUCUAGCAAUAAUAUGUCUAACAUUACUCAUCUGCAUUUUAUUUGGCUAUUCAUUCUCACAAAUAUGGGAAGCUACUCAAGAAAUUUUUACAGUUAUAUUCUUAGAUAAGCGAGUAAACGGCAGUAAUUAUAUUAGAAAGAAAUCAUUUUCUUUUGCACGUUUUGAGAACGUAUCUGAAGGCAAUGUCCAUCUCGGCGAGGAAACUCAUCAUCCGAUUACUAGCGGUGAGAGAUUUGAAAAUCCACUGUAUAGAUCGAUCAAAAGAAGCAAAGGUCAAGACAAGAAAUCACUUGACUUGCAGAAGCCAGUCAGUUUGGCGGCAUUGCAACGGACUUCUGAGUCAGAUAAUACUGAGGAAAUUGAGAUGGAUAUUGAAAAUUUGUGAAAAUAUAAUUAUUUUGGAUUUGUAAUAGUGUUGUUUAGCUUU